AUGGAGGAUUCCGAAGCGUUUUUUGACGUGCGCGGGCGCAGUUUCAACAAAGCGCUCCAUUGGUCGGACCCAUUCGCUUUCGGCCGACGGGCAUACUUUGUGACAAUGUCACGUCCAUCAUCGCUGACAGUGGACGCCAUUCAGUUGGACGACGAAGGUGUCUAUCGGUGCAGAGUGGAUUUCAAAAACUCCCCGACGAGAAACUUUCAGAUCAAACUCAACGUUGUGGUUCCGCCUCACCAACUACUGCUGUACGAUGAGGCAGGAAGAGACGUUGCUGGCGUCGUCGGACCACUGGAGGAAGGAGGAAAUUUCACACUCCUCUGCGAGCUGCGAGGUGGUAAGUGA